GCUCCGCCCUCGAGAGCUGGGCAGCCAGGACACGAAGGGAAACGGUGGCGGACCUGGCUGGCGCGCAGAGGCUGCCGGCGCGGCGGUGACGGUCAGACGCGACACCAAAGCGAGGGGGUUAACCGCGAGUCGGCAGGCAGACGGGAGAGCACGAGCCCGGCGCGGCCGGUCGAGGAGGGCGCUCUGGCGCCAGGAUGGAGGACGGCGUGGCGGCACCCCGGCUCGGGGAGGCGGCCGCGGCGGCCGCAGCUCGAGUGCGGCCCGAGGUGACGCUGCGGCCCUUCGCUCCUUUCUCCGGGGCGGCCGAGGCAGACGGGGGCGGCGGCGACUGGAGCUUCAUCGACUGCGAGAUGGAGGAGGUGGACAUGCAGGACCUGCCCAGCGCCACCAUCGCCUGCCACUUGGACCCGCGCGUGUUCGUGGACGGCCUCUGCCGGGCCAAAUUUGAAUCCCUCUUUAGGACGUACGACAAGGACAUCACCUUUCAGUAUUUUAAGAGCUUCAAACGUGUCCGAAUAAACUUCAGCAACCCCUUAUCCGCGGCAGAUGCCAGGCUGCAGCUGCAUAAGACCGAAUUUCUCGGGAAGGAGAUGAAAUUGUAUUUUGCUCAGACUCUGCACAUAGGGAGCUCCCACCUGGCCCCACCGAACCCCGACAAGCAGUUUCUGAUCUCUCCGCCCGCCUCGCCGCCCGUGGGUUGGAAACAAGUGGAAGAUGCCACGCCCGUCAUAAAUUACGACCUCUUGUGUGCGAUCUCCAAGCUCGGGCCAGGGGAGAAGUACGAGCUCCAUGCAGCCACCGACACCACCCCGAGCGUGGUGGUGCACGUGUGCGAGAGCGACCCGGAGGAUGAGGAGGAGGAGGACGAGGUGGAGAGGACCAGGAGGCCCAAGCCCAAAAUCGUCCAGACCCGACGGCCGGAGUACACACCCCUCCACUUGAGCUGAACGGGCUCCCGGACAAAGAACCCCAAGUCAGAUGCACGGGGAGGAAUCUUUGGCUGUGGGAGUGGCCGGUCACCACUGUGGAGGUGGCAGCCACGAUCACGGGGGCGGGAAUUCCAGUUCCCAUUGCCCAGAAGAGGAUCAAGGCUUCGUCUCCCGGCUCUGAUACUGCACACCGAUGUCCACGGCCCCAGGGUGUCCCAGGCCGAUCGCUGAGUGCCGGGCACCCACACAAGGACAUCAGGGAGUCUCGAGGACACCCGAUAACCGCAGCACUCUGUGUUCGUCCUUUCCUGCCGGGUUCUGGUUUUGCCGAGGGCAGGCUGGUUGGUGGGCCCGGGGUCCGUUCCCACGCAGCCCUCCGGGGCAGCCCCUCCCCUGCUGUGAGAGGCGCCCGAGACCAUGCCGCGUCUGCGGCACGAAGGCUGGGAGAACCACGGGCCGUGGGGGUGUCGUGGCGUCUGGUUUUCUCCCUCAUGCCCGAUGUCGGUGCAUGUGUUACUGAUUUCCAAAACUAACCCUUGUCCCACGUAGAGUUACGCCCUCGUCACGUUGCAUGUUUUGGGAAGAUAGGAAGGUGCUUGGAAGCUAGCACCUUUCGGGACUCGAGACUCCUGACGACAACAGCACACGUGGAAUCCUGCCUGGAACGUGUCACCCGGCCCGUCCGGCGCGUCAUGUCACCUUGUGCUUUCACGGAAGGGUCCGUCGGAAACUCCCAGGCCAGGUCCUGCUCACACAGUUCAGAGGAUUUCACUGCCGGCUUCCAGGGGAGGAGAAGUUUCCGCUUUGGUGUCCUGGGGUGGAAUCGGUCUCAUCUGCUCCUCACACGUGAGGGAUCGAGAUGGAUGAGUCCCAGCCCAAACCUUUCCUGGGGAUGGUUGGUUAAAAUAGUUGAUUCUUUCUUUUAACCCACCGCACCAUCCAGAUAAACUUGUAAAUAAAGCUGGUAGCGUAUAUUCUGACCUGUUGUGCACUUGGGUAGACAAGUAUGGAAGAAGAGCGGAAGGUGUAGUGACCCACCUGUGACCGUGCGCUGUGAAAAACACUUUAGAAUGUUGGGCGGGACUUGAAUUCCAAGCAUGUGACAGGGACAGUGGAUGGGCAAUGACAUGAGAGGGGUGCAGUGCCUUCCCCGUUCGUUCCCGAUGGAGUUGUCACCCUCGUUAGUGUCUGUGGGUUUCUUCUAGUUGUCAUGUAUAUGUACGUCUGGUAAAUAGGUAUUAUAUUUUGGCCUUAACAAAUGCUGUAACAGUUUGUCAUUUUGAAAUGCCUGAUGCCAAGUUAACAGUGCAUGCUUUGGAAAGUUAAAAGACGGUUCUCCUUAAGAAGCGAGUAAAUUCGAUUGUUCACAUCAAGAAAUUGGCUGAAUGUUCUCCAAUCCCUGUUUACGGUUCUUGGUGGGGGCGGGGCCGGGGCGGGGCAGCCAUUCGCGAGUUCCCAGGUAAGUGCUUUCGAACCAGAGAGGCUGACCUCAGAGUAUUUUUUUUAACUGCAUUCUAUAAUAAAUCCACACGACAUG